GCCUUGUCUAUUAUAACACUAUUGUUUUGUUUUUUUUAGACACGAAGAAGAAAUUCGGCGCCGUGCUACGAAAAUCAAUCUCGGCCAAAAUCAAGAGAACCCUGGGUAAACAAGACAGCUCUACCGCAGAUAAUAUCACAUCACUAUUUUCUAAAUUCAAGAUUCACGACAAAGAGAAGCUAGAUUUCGCUGUCUAUAAGGACAAACACUGGAGAGACUUCAUUGAGUGGAGUAUGGAACGACCUGAGCCGAUCAACCAUGAAUCCGUCGACAAAAAUGAGAUCAAACGAUGUGACAAGGUAUGGGAGCUGUUUAGAAGCGAGUGCGUCUACCUCAUCGAUCACAUACUCGUUCUCAAAGAGAUUUUUCAAGAACGACUUCGGUGGUUGCAGUGCGAGGGUCAUCUGAUGCAUAUUGAGGUGGCCAAACUUUUCGCAAAUCUGGACGAAUUGUGUGCGGUCAGUACAGAGUUUUGUCGGGAGCUCUUUCGGAACUUUACUUGUGUUGAUGGCAGUAGCGAGUUCGGCGGUACGCAAGCAGUCGUCGCAGCAUUCGCAAACUUCUUAAGUCAUGUAUGUCCUGCCUACCCUCGUUAUUGUAUGAACUACGCGGGUGCUUUGCAGUAUCUACACGCUCUGAAGAAGCAAGAGGAUUUCUUAGAAUUCACCAAGCUCUGUGAGCAGGACAAACGAUGCAAACGACUGAAGCUGGUAGAUUUACUCAUCACUCCCAUCCAGCGAAUCACCAAGUAUUCCUUGUUUCUUCGAGACAUCAGAGACUGCACCUCGGACGCUCAAGAUCAAGCCGAGAUUGAUGCGACCUUACUCAACGUCGAACGAUCCAUGGAUGAUCUAGAAGGCAAGGUGAAAUGGCUCUCCAGCUUUGAGCGGCUCAGAGAGAUCCAGCAGAUGCUUACAUGGCCUGCUGAUCAAGAGGAACUAGACUCGUCCAGGUGUCGACAUUCGAACGAUGAAUCGACGGAGAACAGCCUUCUGGUGAGCUCUCAGAGAACACUCGUCCACGAAGGACCGCUGCGAAUGAUCGAACACGGAAAAACUCUUGACGUCUACGUAUUCCUCUUCGACGACAUGCUUCUGAUCACAAGAAGACGACGCAAGUUGGUGACCCGACGAUCAUUUACGGGUUUCCCCAGUGUUCCCGAUCAGAAGUACCAGUCAUUACCUCGCCCAAAGGAUGGGGUAUUCUUCGUGGUGUGCAAACCCCCAAUCAUGCUGGACCAGCUUCAACGGACAGAAGUCGACCAGAACCAAUGUGCAGCUCACGACAUACAGCACACCAUGUUACUACUAAAACCGAGCAAAGCUGGGCAUGUAUCCGAAGCGUAUACGUUCGAUUGCAUUACAGAUAACACCAAGCAAACCUGGAUCUCACAUCUGCAGAAAUCACAAAGGAAAUGGACGAGGACGAUAUCGAAUGAAAAGAUCCCAGCUAAAAGCCUGGAUCAAAACACCGUUGAAGAACGAAGGAAAACAUACUGAAUAGACCUCCAACUCUUGCAGGAUGUCUUAAGAAUCUUGAAUAUUAUAGUGUUCACUUCGUUUUGGCCGUACAACGGUGAGACUGAACUCCUUGGACUAAUAUAGAUGUUGUAACAAAUCUGUGCACAUCUGGAAAGCAGUUUGGUUCGAGGAAUAUAUUAUCAUCAAUAUAUGGCCUGGAUGGAGGGACGUAUAGUUACCCUAGGACCCAGGUCUGCACUAGUGUGUAUAAACAUAGGGGUAGCAGUACAUAAGACAGAAAGACACAGAACGAAAAAGACAUUCGGACAGACAGAUAUGUGUGUGUGUGUUUAUAUAUGUAUGUAUAUUAUGUCUAUAUAGAUACAUAUAUAUUAAUAGAUUAUGGAUCUCUUGUACACUUUCGUAAGAAGUAUUGAACAUGAAUAGGGAAUAUAUACAAAUCCUAAAGAGGAACAAUGUCCAACGUGAUGCAGAAGGAAACUAGGCAGAAUGAAAAUAGUUGAAAAUAUAUCAAUUAAAAACGCUAGAUGGAAUGGCCUCUCGCGUUGUGAAUUGAUGCAUUUUCUACUUUACAUAAUAUAUACAUGUAUACAGAGCGAGACAGAGAGAGAGAGAGACACAC